CCAAACUGAUAAAAAGGCGGGAUCCUUCAUGACAUUAUCAACGAACGUAGAUCGUCAGGGCAAUUAGAAAUCCGUAAAUAAUAUUGGUUUUUCGAAAAUUUUAACGGACUUCUAUAGCACACAUAUAUAUUCGUAUAUAAAAAAUGUCUCAACCGUUAGUUACGUCGUAUUUUAAUACGCGUAAGCGACCAGCAACCGACGAUUUACGAAACAAAGCAAAGGUUCUGCUUCUGGAUCGGGAGGACUCAAAAUCUGUGAGUAAUCAAAGUGAAAAUCAAGUAAAUAAGGAUAGUUCUGAAUUAUCCGGAUCAUUGACUCCAAUUCAAGAAGAACAAGCAAUGGGAACAAGUCCAAAAGUUAUACUCGCAUCAGGAAAGGAGCCAAAAGGUAAUCGCUCUGUAAAGUCAAAUUCAGCUGUUCGAAAUAUUCAGUUUGAUUCUCCUAAAACAAAUGCUCAAAAGGCACUUAAAAACAAUGCUAGAACACGAGUCACCCGUUCACGACAAUUAUCUGGCCAAGAGGGGCAAACAGAUAUUCGAGAAAGCUUUCAGAAGGUUACAGAAGAUGCAGAUGCGAAGAAGGUACUUUUUGAGAAAAAAGGUGCUUUAAGUCCAAGAAAGAAAUGUCCAGAAACACCGAAGAAAAACUCUUCUUCUAUUGAAACCACGGUCACCUCUGUUUUCAAUGAUCAAAUUCCACCUAAUUGUACAACACCCAAAAAAAGUUCAGCUAUGGAUAAAUUGGCAAAGCAAGAGUUGUCUUUAAAUGAAAUCAAAAACAGAAUCAAUAAAUCAUCUAGACUUAUGGAACUGAAAGCAUCUAUAGCACGUUUUAAGAACUGUGAACAGAAAUUAGAGAAAUUGCAAAAACAAAAUGAGAUUAAGAAACCUCAGAUACAGAAGUUUGAGAAGAUUCAACUUGAAAUUCCAGUUAGUCCACAGAAGGCAUAUAAAUCACCAAGCAAAACCAUCUUAAGUCCAAUGAAGAAUAAAGAACUCUUAAAUGCCAGUCCUCAAAAACGAAUUUUAUUUGAGCCUAAGGAAACGACUGCGAGCGUUGUAAAUGGUAGUCCAACCAAAGCACCAGCUUAUCAACAAUAUUUAUCGCUUGUCGAAAGCGGUACUCCAGCUUUGCCAUUGCCAUAUAAAUAUCGCUUUUUAGCAGAAGCAUUUAGAUGUGUAGACACGGUUUCUGCGAUUUUAUUCAAUCGCAAAGAGACAAUAACAUUCAAAAAGUUAAAACCUGCUGUUCAAGAGUUACUUCGUAAAAAUUUUACAUUAGAACAUUUGGCACAAAUCAAAACUAUUUUCCCAGAUGCAUAUGUUUAUAAUCAAGAAAAAUAUCGUACAUUUGGUUCUACGUCUAAACAAGAUAAAUACGAACUAGUUCUUAUACCAGUUGUUGAAGAAAAUAAUGGAAGAAAUACUCCAGAUCCAGAUAAUGUAUUAAAAACUGCAUCUGAAGCUAGUAUGGGACCACAAGUAUUACUGCACAGAAGAAGGAAGUUUUAUAAUAUUUUACUCGAUAGAGUGAAGGACGAACAUGAGAAAUUUUUACUUAGCUUGGAAACACCAAUGCGCAUACCAAAAGAAAAAAUUGUGCGUUGGCACCCGGAAUUUGAUGUGGAAAGUUGUAAUCCAAUUGAAGUAGCUGAUUUGCCGGAACCGCCCAAUGUAGAAAAAAUGACAACUGCAAAAGAUGUUCUCGAUAAAGCAAAAUCGCUAUUUAAUUGUGGUACUCGUAUGGAGAAAGCUUUACAACGAUUAGCAGAAGCAAAAAUGACUUCAAAGACACUUUCUCCAGAAAAAAAUAAUGAUGAUGUUGUGAUAAAGACUGAAAAUGGUGUGAACGCUGUUGAUAUUCCUGUUGUAGACACACCACCUGCUACACCCACUGUACAAAGUAAUAAUAUCAGUUCAGCAUUGAAAGGUAUACCAAAGGCUUUACUUGAAAAGGUCCGGGCUAAACAAGCUGCUAAAGCGCUUGAAGCAAUGACGCGUACGCCGAAUGCUGAAAAAGAAGCUGUGAUGUAUUCAAGAUUACCUGAAUUGGUUAAACUGUUACGUAAUAUCUUUGUAGCCGAAAAAAAGGGAAUUUUACCUUUAGAAUUUGUAACUACGAAAUUGGAAAAUUCUUCUAGAGCAAAAUUAACUAUCGCUGAAUUGGAGGAGCAUAUACGUUUGCUGUGUAAGCUAUUACCCACGUGGACUAGUAUACAUCAUGUUCGAAAAGUGGAUUAUUUAAAGUUACAAAAGGAAAUAGAUCUCGGGAAAGUAAUUAAAAGACUCGAAGUUAUGGCCAAUAGCAAAGUAACGUCCACAUGAUAUUUAUUAUAAAAUGAUCAUUUUCAGUUUAUGAUUUACACAUAGAUUAUUAUACAUAUUAUUAUUUCUCUUACCUUUUGCAAUAUUUUGCUACAAUUUACAAUUAUGUAAUAAUUAUGUUACGCUUUCAAUGAAAUGCAAUGCAUAGAUUUAGUUUUGAUCAAAAAUAAGGUGGGGAAUUGAACUUCAUAUAUUGUUUUCUAUAAAAAUUGAAUAUAUUUGGUACUACAUGAAUUGGUUUAGUUGUCAAAGAGACUCGGUUAAUAGAGGAUUUUUUUUUUUAUAAAAGAUCCGUAUUAUGUAAUAAUAAUACAAUUUUUCAAUCAAUAAAUACACAAUCUUGUGCAUCUUA